AUGAUUCUCAUUGUCACUGUGCUUAGUCUCGUCAUUCAAAACACAUUCCGCAUCUUCCUGUACAACGAUUGGCUGGCUCGCGUCUGCACUACCCAAUACAAUGAGCCCAGCAAUGACAACGUGGAUGAUGUUUGCAUGCAUCUGACCAGCUAUGCCAUCAACAAGCACAGUGAGAACUUUGUCCGUGAUGACGACACUGGCAACCUGGAGGCCAUGUGUUACGACACAGAGAAGAUGUGGUUGGACAUUGAGGACGUGAUUAUUAAGACGCUCGUUUCUGUCCACCCCAUCCUCAAACACAACUACCACACAUGUUUCCCUAACCACGCUGCUGGCAGUGCCUGCUUCGAGAUCCUGGGCAUUGAUGCGCUGCUAGACCAUCACAGGCCCUGGGUGCUAGAGGUGAACCCCCCCCCCAGUUUCCCCACUGAUUUGCGGGAUUAGAAGGAUGUACUGCUGUAUGACACCCUGGUCCUUAUAAACCUGGCUGCCUGUGACCGCCAUAAGAUCGCUGAGGAGGAUAAGCGCAGGGUGAAAGAGAGGCUGCUGCAGAACUGGUCCAGAGAGGCCAGGAGUGAGGAGAUGCGUCAGUCCCAGGCAGCCAGUGUGGAGCAAGUCCAGAUGGACGAGGCCAAACACCCAGGUGGCUUCCGCAGGAUCUGUUCCCGCGAGGGUGGAGAGAAGUACUUCAAACACAGCAGCACCCUGUUUCAAGAGACUGCCACCUCCAAGACCAGGGAGGAGUGUGCUAGGCAGCAGCUGCAGGUGCUACGUCUGAAGCAGUAGCAGAAGGAGAGGGAGCAAAAGGGGAACUGUAGAUGAGACUUCCAGGGGGAAUCUGGAGGAGAGGCCAACCCACACAGAGUACGAACCCAACAGACCAACUCCAACUCCCAACAGGAGUCACAUCACCCUGCCCAUCAGUUUUGUAUGUACGUGGGGGGUCCUGUAUCAAUGCUAGAUCCGUGACAUGUUACCUGUGGUUUUCUAUGUAUUAUUACCUUCAGAAGCCUAGCCAUCCUCAAUCAUAGAGGGAAGUCAGUCUAAUGGUGUCAUUGGGGGUGGCAAUCUUACUUGUAGUUGCAGGGCCUUUCAGCAGCCACAGGAGGGAGCCAAACUUCUUUCCCACUGAACAACUCACAUACAUGUCCAACUACCACACCUUAAAAUGGC